AUGUCUCUCAGCGUUACUACUUACCAUGCGACUGUGAGCUUCAGAUUUUCGCAACUCAAUGAACUCAAACGCGAAGUUAAGAAUGUCAGAUUGACAGGAAAUUACCGCAGAGAAUUUAAAGUAAUGGCAGUUUCAACGGACCUCAAGCAGGCUUCAAAUUACAUUCCUGCCGCGCCAAUGCUUUUGCCUGAAGGACCUUUCAAGCAGAUUCCAGGUGGAGUUACAGCUGCUGAAGGUUUUAAGGCUGCUGGAUUAUACGGUGGUCUUCGUGCAGUAGGAGAGAAGCCUGAUCUAUCACUUGUCACCUGUGAUGUGGAUGCCGUCGCUGCUGGGGCAUUCACCAAGAAUGUGGUCGCAGCUGCACCAGUAUUGUACUGCAAGGAAGUGUUAGAAAGCUCAACAACGGUUCGUGCAGUUUUGAUAAAUGCUGGCCAAGCAAACGCUGCAACUGGUGAUGCGGGCUACCAGGAUGUCAUAGAAUGCUCAAAUGCGCUUGAAAAGCUACUUGGGCUGAAACCUGGGCAAGUAUUGAUUGAAUCCACUGGUGUAAUUGGCCAAAGAAUAAAGAAGGAUGCUCUUCUGGGAUCACUUCCUAAAUUAGUUAAUUCAUUGUCAUCAACCUCUGAGGGGGCUGAUUCUGCAGCUGUAGCAAUAACAACCACUGAUCUUGUUAGCAAAAGUGUAGCAAUUGAGUGUGAGAUUGGAGGGACUCGUGUGAGGGUCGGGGGAAUGGCAAAGGGGUCUGGAAUGAUACACCCUAACAUGGCAACAAUGCUUGGAGUUAUAACAACUGAUGCCUGUGUUACAAGUGAUAUUUGGAGAAAGAUGGUGCUGGUUUCUGUGAACCGGAGUUUCAACCAAAUCACGGUAGAUGGAGAUACCAGUACUAAUGACGCUGUGAUCGCAUUGGCAAGUGGGCUUUCAGGGUCAGGCACUAUAUCUUCUUUGAACAGUCCAGAAGCAGAGCAUCUGCAAUUGUGCCUUGAUGCUGUAAUGCAGAGCCUUGCAAAAUCAAUAGCUUGGGAUGGUGAAGGAGCCACGUGUUUAAUUGAGGUCAGGGUAAAUGGUGCACAUAAUGAAGCUGAAGCAUCCCGAAUUGCUCGCUCUGUUGCUUCUUCUUCACUUACCAAGGCUGCCGUGUAUGGUAGAGAUCCAAAUUGGGGGCGCAUUGCUUGUGCUGCUGGUUAUGCAGGGGUUUCGUUUGAUCCAAACAAGCUCCGCAUAUCGCUUGGAGAGAUUUUGCUCAUGGAUGGAGGUCAACCCCUUCCAUUUGACCGGGCUGCAGCAAGUGAAUAUCUCAGAAAAGCUGGUGAAAUCCAUGGCACUGUAGAAAUUCUUAUUUCUGUUGGUGACGGUUCUGGUAAUGGCAUUGCUUGGGGCUGUGACCUGAGCUAUGACUAUGUGAAGAUUAAUGCUGAAUACACAACUUAG